AUGGUGGACGAGAAGAAACCGUUGCUAGAUGCUUCCGGUAGAGACGUGGAGCCAGAAGACUCUACCGCUACCGCUAUUUUGAGAAGAAAGAAGAAGGAUAAUGCCUUGAUCGUCGACGAUGCUACCAAUGAUGACAACUCGAUCAUCUCCAUGUCUUCCAACACCAUGGAGUUGUUGCAAUUGUUCCGUGGAGACGCUGCGUUGAUCAAAGGUAAGAAGAGAAAGGACACCGUUUUGAUCGUCCUGGCCGAUGACGACAUCGAAGAUGGUGUUUGUAAAAUCAACAGAGUGGCAAGAAACAAUUUGAGAGUCAGACUUGGAGACAUUGUCACCAUCCAUCCUUGUCCUGAGAUCAAGUUUGCCACCAGAAUCUCUGUUUUGCCAAUUGCCGAUACCAUCGAGGGAAUCACCGGAUCGCUCUUUGAUGUGUUUUUGAAACCAUAUUUUGUUGACGCCUACAGACCCGUUCGUAAGGGAGAUCACUUUGUUGUUAGAGGUGGUAUGAGACAGGUCGAGUUCAAGGUCGUUGAAGUCGAGCCUGAAGAACACGCCAUCGUUUCGCAAGACACCAUAAUACAUUCUGAGGGAGAACCUAUCAACAGAGAGGACGAAGAAAACAACCUCAAUGAGGUCGGUUACGACGAUAUUGGUGGAUGCAGAAAGCAAAUGGCUCAAAUUAGAGAAUUGGUCGAGUUGCCUCUUAGACAUCCCCAAUUGUUCAAGGCCAUCGGUAUCAAACCACCUAAGGGUAUCUUAAUGUAUGGUCCUCCGGGUACCGGUAAGACCUUGAUGGCCAGAGCCGUCGCCAACGAGACUGGUGCUUUCUUCUUCUUGAUCAACGGUCCAGAAAUUAUGUCCAAGAUGGCCGGUGAAUCUGAAAGUAAUCUGAGAAAAGCUUUCGAGGAAGCUGAGAAGAACUCUCCAGCUAUCAUUUUCAUUGAUGAAAUCGACUCUAUCGCUCCAAAGAGAGACAAGACCAACGGUGAGGUUGAAAGAAGAGUUGUUUCUCAGCUUUUGACAUUGAUGGAUGGUAUGAAGGCCAGAUCUAACGUUGUCGUUAUUGCCGCCACCAACAGACCAAACUCCAUUGAUCCUGCUUUGAGAAGAUUCGGUAGAUUUGACAGAGAAGUCGAUAUUGGUAUUCCAGAUGCCACUGGAAGACUCGAGGUGUUGAGGAUUCAUACCAAGAACAUGAAGCUUGCUGACGAUGUCGAUUUGGAGACCAUUGCCUCUGAGACCCAUGGUUACGUUGGUGCUGAUAUCGCGUCGCUUUGUUCCGAGGCUGCUAUGCAGCAAAUUAGAGAGAAGAUGGACUUGAUUGACCUCGAAGAGGAGAACAUUGAUGCAGAGGUUCUUGACUCCUUGGGAGUCACCAUGGACAACUUCAGAUUUGCCCUUGGUAACUCUAACCCAUCUGCAUUGCGUGAAACUGUUGUGGAGAGCGUCAAUGUUACCUGGGAUGACAUUGGAGGACUCGAUGGUAUUAAGCAAGAACUUAAGGAGACUGUCGAAUAUCCUGUUUUGCACCCAGACCAAUACACCAAGUUUGGUCUUUCCCCAUCGAAGGGUGUUUUAUUCUUUGGUCCACCAGGUACUGGUAAGACUCUUUUGGCUAAAGCAGUUGCUACCGAGGUGUCUGCCAACUUCAUCUCUGUUAAGGGACCUGAACUGUUGAGUAUGUGGUACGGUGAGUCUGAGUCUAAUAUCAGAGACAUCUUCGACAAGGCUAGAGCUGCUGCUCCUACAGUUGUGUUCUUGGACGAACUGGAUUCUAUUGCCAAGGCAAGAGGAGGUAGUAUGGGAGAUGCCGGUGGAGCUUCUGACAGAGUUGUCAACCAAUUGCUCACAGAAAUGGAUGGUAUGAACUCCAAGAAGAACGUUUUCAUUAUUGGUGCUACUAACAGACCUGAUCAAAUCGACCCUGCUAUUUUGAGACCAGGAAGAUUGGAUCAAUUGAUCUAUGUGCCAUUGCCAGAUGAGACCGGAAGAUUAUCCAUUUUGAACGCUCAAUUGAGAAACACUCCAUUGGAGCCAGGUUUAGACUUGAAUGCUAUUGCCAAGACCACCAACGGUUUCACAGGUGCCGAUCUGCAGUACAUCACCCAAAGAGCUGCCAAGUUUGCUAUUAAGGACUCUAUUGAGGCCCAAAAAAGAUACGAGCAAGAGAAGGCUGAGAAAGCCGCAGAAGGUUCCGACGAUGUUGAGAUGAAGGUUGAGGACGGAGAGGACGAAAAUGCGCCAGACGCUGUGCCAUAUAUCACCAAGGCUCACUUUGAGGAAGCUAUGAAGUCUGCUAAGCGGUCUGUUUCCCCAACAGAGCUGAGACGUUAUGAGGCAUACGCACAACAGUUGCAAGCUUCUAGAGGCCAGUUCUCGAACUUUUCGUUUGGCCAAGGCGGUGAUGCCGCCGCUGCAACCGAUGGUGCUGCUGGAGGAGAAGGCUCUGGUGCUGCUUUCGGAUCUGUUGAGGAUGAAGAAGACGAUUUAUACAGCUAG